CCAGGACCUCCCUCCUCUUGCUCUUCCUACUCUUCCACGUCAUCUUCCUCCCUUAUUCUUCUGCUUCUUCUUCCUCCGCCUAUACUCGCAUGCUGCCUACCAGGCUAAGUCUCGAGUUGGUUCCGCCGUGCCUACAUUCAUGCACACCUGCCUCCUACGUACAUCUGUGUAUUGUUCCGUUCGGGUAUCCCGAGCGCCUCUCCCUCGCAACGGGCAGGACGUGCUUCCCUAUCUGUCUGACUUAGCUGCGUACCACGUAACGUCCUGUCUCGCACUAGGUGCCCGUGUAGGUAAGCAUGUAAUAUCCAUGUGUGUGUGUGUGUCCAUGUGUGUAGGGCCAUGCAUAGGUAUAUACGUUGCGUCGGUGUAGGAAGGAUCUGUCCAUGUAUUCAUGUGCGCACGCUCAGGGCUUCUUCUUUUUCUUCCUCACGCCUCUCGCCUCCAUACCGGGCAGUGGUACAUCGGGCACCUCAGACAUGCCUUACCUGUCGGUAUCUGUCCUUACCGUAAUACUGCCGCUGCUGCAAGGGAAGAAGGCCACAUAUAUCCACACAGGGUAAGAGAGAGAAGGGGGGGUAGGGGGAGGGAAAAUGUGCGCGCGCACCUGUGUGGGCUAGUCGUGCGGCAUAUCUCGAUGGGGAGUCUCAUCUGACAGCAUUCAGUUAGAAGCUGACUCCGCCUCUUCCAGGGGAAGGGGACCGGAUGAUAUCGCGCUUGGGUUCCGCGCCGAUCUGUCUGACGGCGACCAUCAUCGGAGGCAAGCCCGGUCAGGCGGGAAGGCGUUCCUGAGAUUAAAUCGCUAGAUCUGAUCUCAUCUCGGUGGGAGGGCGAAGAAGUAGGUUAAUUGGACAAGAUCGAUUCCAUCCCAGCGGAAUGCCGGCUAGGAAACAGAAACAUACCCUAUACCAGACGCCCGCCCACCUAAGCAUACUCGAACCGAGACACAUAUAUGCGCAUCCACACACCCACGUGUCCGAGAGCCACAAGGCGGC